CUCAUCCACCUCCUCUUGUCGGCCGUUGAUAAUAUCACUAUAAUUUUAUUGGAAGUUCCAAUCUCCGAACGCAACAAGAGCGCGGUCCGGAAUCAGAUGUGAUAUGCGCCUCAAUUUAAUAUGCAUGUGUGGCCCAUGCAAUAUAUUUUAUGAAGUACCCCUUUUGUCGUUGCUUUUUAAGCACAUGUGACAUGUAGUAGUACACAGGAAGAGAGAGAGAGAGAGAGAGAGAGAGAGAGAGAGAGAGAGAGAGAGAGAGAGAGAGAUAUGGCGGGUCAUACCAAUGGAAGCACAGAGUCUUUCGUCAAGAUCCCAGAGAUCAAGUUCACAAAGCUAUUCAUCAAUGGAGAAUUUGUCGAUUCCAUUUCAGGGAAAACGUUUGAGACGAUAAGUCCGAGAACAGGGGAAGUGAUAACGAGGGUUGCAGAGGGCGACAGGGAAGACGUUGAUUUGGCUGUCAAGGCGGCUCGAGAUGCUUUCGACAAUGGACCCUGGCCUCGCUUACCUGGCUCUGAAAGGCGAAGGAUAAUGAUGAAAUACGCCGACUUGGUAGACGAAAAUGCUGAGGAACUGGCUGCCUUGGACACCAUUGAUGCCGGGAAGUUAUUCGGAUUGGGGAAGGCCUUGGACAUUCCUGGAGCCGCACAGGGCCUACGAUACUAUGCAGGUGCUGCCGAUAAAAUCCAUGGAGAGACGCUAAAAAUGUCGAGAGAGCUCCAAGGGUACACGUUGCGUGAGCCUAUUGGUGUCGUAGGCCACAUCAUUCCUUGGAACUUCCCAACCAACAUGUUCUUCAUGAAGGUUAGCCCAGCUUUAGCCGCCGGGUGCACCAUGGUGGUCAAGCCUGCUGAGCAAACCCCGCUUUCAGCUCUCUUUUAUGCUCAUCUGGCUAAGCAGGCUGGUAUACCUGAUGGAGUGAUCAAUGUUAUAACGGGAUUUGGACCGACAGCCGGGGCUGCCAUAGGCUCUCAUAUGGAUAUCGAUAAGGUCAGUUUUACAGGGUCCACAGAAGUGGGACGUCUUGUGAUGCAGGCUGCAGCAACUAGCAACUUAAAAGCCGUCUCGCUCGAGCUAGGAGGGAAGUCCCCUCUAAUAAUUUUCGAUGAUGCAGAUGUUGAGAAAGCCGCAGAUCUUGCACUUUUGGGAAUCCUAUAUAACAAGGGUGAAAUAUGCGUGGCAGGUUCUCGUGUUUUUGUUCAAGAAGGGAUUUACGAUAAACUCGUGAAGAAGUUGGCAGAGAAGGCAAAGACAUGGGUGGUUGGGGAUCCUUUUGAUCCUACUGUUCGUCAAGGACCUCAGGUAGAUAAGACUCAGUUUGACAAAAUAUUGGCGUACAUUGAGCAAGGCAAGAAAGAAGGAGCCACUCUGUUAACCGGUGGUAAGCCCUGCGGUGAGCAAGGAUACUACAUUGAGCCGACAAUUUUCACAAACGUUGCGGACAACAUGAAAAUUGCGAGGGAGGAGAUUUUCGGACCAGUCAUGUCACUGAUGAAGUUCAAGACUAUAGAUGAGGCAAUAAAGAGAGCCAAUGACACAAGAUACGGCCUAGCAGCAGGCAUUGUGACCGACAACUUGAACGUGGCGAACACUGUUUCAAGAUCAAUCCGUGCUGGUAUCAUCUGGAUCAACUGUUACUUCGGGUUUGACUAUGAUUGCCCCUAUGGAGGGUAUAAAAUGAGCGGGUUUGGAAGAGAUAUGGGAAUGAAUGCUCUUGACAUGUAUCUCCAUGUCAAGUCUGUUGUUACUCCCAUAUAUAAUUCACCCUGGCUUUGAACAUUUGUUGCUUAGCAUAUUUGCUACGGUGCUUUGAACCAUUCAUUUCCUUGCUGCAGCCUUGUAUUUUUCCUUGCUUCUCUGAUCCUCUCAACAGAAGAAAAAAAACCAUUGCGAAUAAGUGGUCCAAAUUCAAUCUUGCUCGUGGGGUCCUCCGGAAUGAAUUGAGCCACAUUGAAUUUUUCUGUACAAAA